AUGAGUACUCACUACAAGAUCACCGCUCGAAAUGCGAUUCAUCUGAUGCUAGCCUCCAUUUCUACUUUCUUCAGGCUAGCCACCAAGGCACAGCAAAUCGGGGACAGAAUCGCAGAGAUCCCUCCUCGACUUACUACAUGGCGAUGCAAUGCCGCAGAGGGUUGCUUACCGCAAAACACAUCCGUGGUGCUUGACGCCAGCUUCCGUUGGAUUCACGUCGUUGACGGCUACGACAGCUGCACCGUGCCCAGUGGCGAACUAAGCAAGACCAUCUGCCCCGACGCGAUUACUUGCGCGCGCAACUGUGCAAUCGAAGGCGCAAAUUACGCUUCUGCGGGUGUGCAUACAUGGUCCAACAGCUUGUCCAGCAGCGAUAGCAGCUCGCUCACACUGGACAUGUACAUUGACGGUCAGGAGUCUAGCCCGCGCGUGUAUCUGCUCGGCGAAGAUGGCGACUACGAAGACCUGCAACUCUUUGGCCAGGAGCUCACAUUCGACGUGGACCUGUCUAAGAUGCCGUGUGGCACAAAUGGUGCGCUCUAUCUCUCGGAGAUGAGUCUCAGCGGCGGCAGGAGCGAUCUCAACAGUGCGGGUGCGUCCAUGGGUACUGGCUACUGCGACGCACAGUGUCCCGUGAUGAAUUUUAUCGACGGCGAACUGGAUGUCUGGGAAGCUAACACCGUAGCAACAGCCCUGACCCCCCACCCCUGCAACACGACCGGGGUGUAUGCCUGUUCUGGCCAGGACUGCGUUGGUGGCGACAGCGGUGGCAUCUGCGACAAGAGCGGCUGCGUCUACAACACUUACGGCCAAGGGUACCACAACUUCUACGGCCCCGAGGGCGUCGUGGACACGACCAAGCCAUUCACGGUUGUCACGCAAUUCUUUGCCGACAGUAGCAACAGUGGAGGCGGCCAGCCCGUUCUGAAGGAGAUCCGCCGCUUGUACAUUCAGAACGACGAGGUCAUUACAGGCGCGUCGUCCUCAGUUUCCGCAGCCAUGGUAAUCGACGACGCUUUUUGUGGGGAUGGUGUCUUUGAGAAGCUCGGCGGGCUGGAGGGCAUGGGCCAGGCGCUCCAGCGCGGCAUGGUGCUUGUCUUCAGCAUCUGGAACGAUGAAAGCCAGUUCAUGAACUGGCUGGACAGCAACGAAGCUGGGCCUUGCGAUAACAAGGCCGGCGACCCAGCCACCAUAUUGAACAAAAGUCCCGGCACGUCGGUAACCUGGUCCAACGUCAGAUGGGGAGACGUUGGGUCGACGUUCGGCAGCCAUUGGAAUCCAAAAGGAGAAUCGCUUAAGCUGAAGCCAAAGAUACGCGAAAUGAAAGCAUCGAAGUACCCCACGUAA